AUGGGCGCAGAACGCUAUGUUUCACGCAAAGGCCGACAUCAAACACAUGCUGUACCAACUUCAGAAGAUGACUGUCACACAAGCAGAUCUCAGCGACAAACCAAGCGCCCCAAGCGGUUCCUGGGGGCCCUACUCGGAGCCGCCGCAGCAGUCGGAACUUUGUUCAACAUUGGAGUCACCAGUGUCAAUGCAGUCAGCCUAGCCACAGUGAGACGACAUGUGAAUGAGAUCCAGGAGGAAAUACCUCAACUGAGAGAACAACUGACAGCUCAGAGCAAAUCACUGCAAACCAUGGGCAAAUCCUUAAAAGAUACUGUAGUAAUUCUCAACACACACAGUGUUGAGCUGAAACAAACAGUGAACUCUUUGAAACAGAUUUUCUCAGUACUGCAGGUCGAUCACGCCUAUUCUCAACUGGUCACAGCUCUCAUGUCAGACAUGCUGCGCGAGGUGAGCUCCUCUGUGGACAGUCUAGCCAUGGGUAGAAUUCCACCCUACCUGAUACCCCUAAGCCUGAAUCAAAGCACAGGAUGUUUAACAAAUCUUCUUGACCAGAUAGACAGCAUAACAGUAAAAGAGCUCCCUUUAAAUAACGUGACCAAUCUUUUAGAGCUGGUUUUCAAUACUUCAAUGAAGAUUUUACCCUCAUUGUCAGCUGACCCACAAAAACUAGUGUCAGAUGGAAACCGUGUGUUAAAAGUCAGUGAGAACCUCGUCUCCAUGUUGGUAAAGCCAACAGACAACUGUAACAAUGUCAAUUUAACUCUUGAUACUGUAGAGGCACAAGUCUUCAUGGUUGGACCACAUGUCACCUUGGUUAAAAUCCCUCAGCUCGACACAACAAAUGCUUCCCUAGACAUUGAUCUCAUUGGGAUCGCCAAGAACAACCCUGAAUCAGCUGCUGUGGCUUUCAUGAGCUAUAACACAAUGGAGAACCUACUGAAACCAGACUUCUUCAACACAUCAAAUGACACAGUUAAAACCAUGAUGUCCACUGUCAUCUCAGCUACUCUUCCUAAAACCCCUGUGAGAAACCUCAUCAAACCAGUCAACUUCACCUUCAAACACAUCAGAGAGUUUGUAUCUGAAGGAAAUCUUUCCUGUGUGUACUGGAACAUGACUGAGUGGACUGAAUAUGGUUGUUCUGUUGUACAGUCCAACAGCAGCCACACUGUGUGUUCAUGUCUUCAUCUGUCAACAUUCGCUCUCAUCAUGCAAAUCAGCAGCAGAACAUCACAGGAUGAUUCUCGGAUGGAGUUGGUGAAUUUAGUGUUUGUGAUUGUGGGUCUGGUGUUUACUAGUUUGGCUCUGUUGACUUUUGCUUUCUGUCGAUGGAAACCUGGAGUGAACAAUGUAGCUCGAAUCAACCUCUGCAUUAGUCUGCUCUCUGCUCAUCUUCUGUUCUUACUCACACAACGCUUCCUGACACUCAUAAAACCUCAUGAGGAGUUGUGUGCUGUUAUAUCAGGAGCUCUUCACUUCCUCUUUCUCUCCUGCUUUGUGUGGAUGUUCAUUGAAGCUGUGCUGCUCUUCAUCUGUGUGAAGAACCUAUCACAGAUCAGUUGCAAACAGAGGGCGGUGCUUAGCAGCAGAUUCUUGAUUGUGAUUGGUUAUUCAAUAGCUUUUGUUAUAGUGGGGGUAUCUGUUGGACUGGUUCCUGAAGGCUACGGCAGUGAACAAUGCUGGAUUAAACAGGAGAACGGCUUCAUCUGGAGUUUUCUGGGACCUGUUUGCUUCAUUCUUGCAAUAAACACGAUUCUCUUCAUCAGUAUCAUCAUCAGUAUGAGGUCAACUAUCACAAAGCUCAAUGCUAAAGUUUCACAGAUAAAACAAACCAAGAUUAUGGCUUUUAAAACUCUGGCCCAGUUUGUGAUUAUUGGUUGUCCUUGGAUUCUGGGUUUCUUCACUGAUAACAAUAAAAUGAUGGAGAUUCUCUUUCUGAUCCUGAACUCACAGCAAGGAACCUUCAUCUUCCUCAUCCACUGUGUGCUCAGUCAUGAGGUUAGACAGCAGUAUGUGAAGUGGAUGAAAGCUGUCUUUUGACAGCCUCCCUCCCCCCCCAAAAAAACCCAUUGAGGAGUAGACUGUAAACGUUUAG